CAAACAUCAAAUUCAAGACAUCAGUUUUGAGAUAAAAGCUUUUUGUUUCCACAUUUUAAUAAAUUGUCAUUAAAUAAAAUACCUUACACUUACCUUUUUCCGAUCAUACUUCUUAAUUUAAUCAUCAAACGUGAAAAUUUAAUUUAUCACAAAUAAUUCGCACAUAACCUCUUACUGAGUUAUCUUGAACUAAUUAAUAUUCAUACUCAAAUCUACGUGGUUAUAUGGUAUCUGUUGAGGAAUUGAAGAAUUAUUGAGUCGUAGGCGAUGAGGCAAAUCUCGUGCCUCCGGUUAGUCAGUACACUUCUGACCAGCACAAUGAGGAGUCACACAUACACUGAGUCGAUGGGGUCGGCCAGAAUAAUGGCCAAACUCCUGGAUGGGAAAAAGAUAUCGAAAGAUAUCAAAGAUGAAUUGAAGAGUCAAAUACAAGACUGGGUAAACGAAGGACAUCGGGUACCAUCUCUUCAGUGUAUUAUCGUUGGUAAUGACCCAGCGAGUCACACCUACGUAAGAAACAAAGUGCUGGCGGCGAAAUACUGCGGAAUUAAUGCGGAAACUAUUAAAUUUGAAGAUACAAUCACUGAAGAGUUUCUCCUAAAUAAAAUCAAAGAGUUAAACGAAGAUGAUGAGGUUGAUGGAAUACUAAUCCAAUUGCCAGUGCCUGAUACUAUGGAUGAAAGGAAAAUUUGCAAUGCCGUAUCUCCCUUUAAGGAUGUUGAUGGUUUCCAUAUAGUCAAUGUUGGGCAACUUUGUUUGGACAUGAAAACAAUAGUUCCAGCAACAGCUCUUGGUGUUAUUGAAAUGAUUAAAAGAAGCGGCAUUGAAACUCACGGUCGCAGAGCAGUGGUUAUCGGUCGGUCUAAAAACGUAGGAAUGCCCAUAGCUAUUAUGCUGCAUACAGACAAAAAACACGAAAGCGGCCUAGGCAUGGACGCCACAGUGACAAUUUGCCACCGGUACACUCCUAAAGAAGAUCUUGAAUUCUACUGCCAAAACGCCGACAUUAUUGUUACUGCCACAGGUAUUCCAAGUCUUGUAAAAGCAAACAUGGUGAAACCUGGCGCUACCGUAAUUGACGUAGGCAUUACAAGGAUCACUGAUGCCGAGGGAAAAACUAAGUUAGUCGGAGAUGUUGACUAUGAUGAAGUGGUGAAAGUGGCAGGUGCCCUAACUCCGGUUCCCGGAGGCGUGGGGCCCAUGACUGUGGCCAUGUUGAUGCACAACACAUUGCAAGCAGCAAAGAAUUUAAGUGAACAAAGAAUCAAAAUCCAGUGAGUUUUUACCUACGAUCGCAUCUGCCAGAGUUUUCUUAUUUCGUACUACUUAAGUACAUUGAUUAACUUAAAAAUAGUAAAAUUUUUAUUCAUAAUAACACUGACUGUUGAAUUAAAAAAAAAUGUGCAAUAUUUUAAUUUUCGAAUACAAUAACUUUAGACAAGUAACAGGUCUCUUUUACAUGAUGCAGCGACAGUAGCGUCAAAAUGCGCGGAGAUAAAUAAUUAUGUUGUGUUGUAUAUAAACCAUUUAUAACACUGCGACAAUUUCAUAUACUCACAAUUACAAUUUUAUGUUCUCGCAAUGGCGGUGUUGUAUACUUGUUACGACGAUUUUGUACACUGGCCACGGCUAUUUCGUACACUCGCCAUGGCGAUUUUGUACACUAACUACGACGAUUUUGUACACUCGUUACAACUUUUUCGUAUAUUUGCCACAGCAUUGUGUAAAAGAGCCAUUACAGACAAUUUAAGUCAACGUAAUAUCACAGAGGCUUUAUAUUUCAGCACCUAGAUCCAUCGUUUCAAACCAUUUCUCUUAUAUUCAUCCAAAUCUAUUCAAAACUCCAACAAAAGAAACCUAACCAACUACUUUCAUAUUACAAAUAGUAAUAAAAUUGAAUAGACUAAAAUUAAUUUUAUGGAUUCCCGUAAAUUCGCGCUCGAAUUCAUUAGACUAUAGAAAUUAUAUUUUGGAAUAAUUUAAACCAUGUUUGGCGGGACCAAAUGGAAAGUUUUUUUUUUUAUACGAUUAAAGAUAAAAUAAUAGAAAAUAAGUCUAAUAACGUUUGUAUACGUUCUAAUUUUUUAAUGCUGUAUUUAUAUAUACGUAGUUAACUAUUUCGAUUUUUUUUUCUAUACAGUCCUUUAAUUUUUUUAUAAACCAGUGAACAUAAUUAAGACUGUUAUGAGGUACAAAUGUAACUGUAAAAGUAUGUACAUUAGUAAAUCUUAGGAUUUAGCAACAUGAGAUUGUAAAUGUAAGGUUUUAUAAAAAAAAAACAAAUUUAAUAAUUAAAAAAUAAUUUUUGGCUUUCACCUCACGUAACUUCCCUUUCUGACCACGAGUAUGAACACCACGCAGUAAAUAUGUUUAAAUAAUAUAUCUGUUUUUAUAAAAUCCCGAAUUAGUGUAAAUCUCAAAUUUUUGUAUUUACGUCAGAAACAUGGUAAAUAAUAAAAAAUAGAUAUAAAAAGUGUGUGAUGCUCGCACUCGUAGUCAGAACAAUACGUUAAGUUAGGUUUGCUUUGGUAAAGACUUCAAAAAAAUUUUUUUUUUUAUUUAAAAUUCUUGAAUUUUACCAACUUUUAGUUAAUUUAGUAAAUCCUAAGAUAUACCAAUGCACGAGCUUUUACAGUAACAUAAUUAUUGGAUGCAGGAUAAAAAUAUAGACGGUCGAUGUGAGAGCAUUUUCAUGUAUUAUAAUUGAACAAAAUUUAGGACUAAUGACAGUCUUCAAUAUAAUUAACACUAAAGCUAGAUUAAGCGGAUCUUCCACGCGGUAAAUCCACUAUCUACCUAAUUGAUAGCACUAUAUUUUUUUUUUUACAUUUGAAAAUGGAAUGAUAACCCCGCCUCAAUUACAGAGGCAGGUUUACCAUUCGUCCAAUCUGACGUUAGUCCUAAAGUUUAAGACAUUAACUAUCGCUGCCAAUUUUCCACCAAAUCGAUUUGUUAGUUUAGAGCGUUAAAAACAUGACAAGUCCCUUUUGCAUUUAUAAUAGUAAUUAGUAAUUACUAGGUUGUUAUAUUAUUAUUAUAAAUAAAUGUGCCUUUUAACUUUAAAUUAAAUACGUAAAACAAUUAUAAAAUUAAAACUUAAAAUGGAUCUAUUCCAUUUAUGGAUUUCUUUAGAUAUUUCGUUUAAGUUUAAAAACAUUUACAUGGGUUCCAUAAUAUUUUAUUUAUAUAUCAAAAUUUAUGAAAAUAUAUAAUGCAACGGACAUUGUUGUAUUUUCACAAAUUUUAGUUACUGGACUUGAAUUCAGUUAUGAGAAGUAUUAUUAUAAUAUAGUUAGUUAUAAAUCAAUAAAAUUUCAUAUAAUCAACUUAAUUAUUCAAUAUGGAAUGGCUGUGAUUGUCAAUACUUUGUUAUUUAUUUAUUUAAAAAAUCUUCAAACAAAGUAACGAGUUUAUAGCAGAAAAAUGUGAAUGGGUGUAACCUAUUUCAGAGAUUUUUCUUUUUUAUUGUUUUUACAAUUUUUUUUAUUAAUGAAAAUAAUGAAGUCGGGGUUACCAUACCGGUAACCACGACUUCAUUGGAGGGGUACUAUUGAGUGAGGAAUUAGCCACAAUGGUAUUCAGGAGAACCGAGUUGAAAUCGACCUGUUUUGCCACAUUACCAGUAAUAUAGGGUACUUUACUAGUAAUGAGACUUCAAGUCCGACUUCAACCUGAUUAUUAGCUAACCUUUACCCCCACGAAAUUGGGUUCCACCCAUAGAGAAUUGUUUUGAUAUAUUACUUCUUUACCUCAGCCACAUAUUUGCACAGACAUUUGUAAAUUGUAGCCUUAGAUCAUAUUACAUAUAGAUAAUAUCUCUCUAACGCUUUGCGAAAAAGAGUUUUUUUUUUUUUAUUUUAUAUUUAUGUAAAUAGGGGUUUCAAUUAUUUAUAUUAUUUAAUGUAUAAUAAUGAUCUAAGGUAACAAUUCUGUGUUAUACAAUUGUCUACAUUUUAAGUUAUACUUAUAUCCGAAUGUUAAUUAAAUUUAAGAAAAUAAGAAUAAUAAAAAUAUUUUAUUACUAA